AUGGCAUUGAUUCUUGGCCUUGGAGCUGAGGUCAACCUACCUGAUGAAGGAGGAGUGCUUGAUGAGAAUGAGCAACUCAUCUACAUAGAGAGCAGGCGACGGACUAUCUGGUCUAUUUACAUGAUGGACAGAUGCAAUUCGAGUGGCAGAAAUAGAUCCUCAGCCAUCAAAGUGAGUGACAUAGAGGUAAACCUACCUUGUGAAGAAAGAGAAUUUUUAUUUGGAAUUCCAGGCAAAACGUUACGAUACAAUGAUAUCAUUGUCCGAAUAAAAAGCAAAGAUAUAGUUUCGAUGCAGCAAAUGCCAGUGUGCAACUUUACCAUUGUCGUAUUUGAAAUAUGGUCCAAGGUUGCAAGAUGGGUUGGAGAAAUGGAUGGAAAACUGAACCGGUCAAGAAACCUUAAUAGCGAUGAGACAUACUCUCAAUUGACGGCAGAACUUAAGCAUCUUCAGGAAAGUCUACCUAACCACUUAAAAUUCAAUGAGCAUAACUUACAGGCACAUAUUUCUCAUUUUGACGGAGCCCACUUUGGCUACUUUCAUGCUUUGCUCCUCUUGUGUGAUAUUUUCUUGCUCAGAGAAACCUUUUUCUGUGGCCAGACAGCAUUACCUUCGGGUUGCUGGAAACUGUCAUUGUUGCAAAUGUUGAACUUGCUAAAAGACCUCACACUAUUGAUCAGUACCUUGAAACGCAAAAAUAUGAUGGUUAUUGCACCGUUCACGGCCUUUGAAGUUUUCACUGCUUCUAUAUCAGGGUUAUUCUUUUAUGCCUAUCCUAACCAAAUUUUAAAGAAGCAGUUUUUACUUGAGGAUCGAGGGAAAGAUGACGAGGUUAUAAAUGCUGAAAUCCAGGAAAUCAAAGAGGGCUUCAGAUCUGUAGCAUACAGCAACAUGGACAUGCUAGUCGAUUGGGCCAAUUCGUGGGAGUUGGCGAAAAGAUGGUACCAUUCUAUCAACAAGCUAGGACAAGUAUUUGAAUCCUGUCUUUCUGAGAAUACUUCCUUGUUGGAAAAUGAAUCUAUUCGACACGAAAUACAAGAUUACGGAGAUGGAACGGUUGGAGAAAUUCAUACUACAGUGAAAACCCGGCGAGUGAGUAUACAAAACUUACUAGCUUCUAACAGUGGAUCUGAAUACCUGCCUGAAAAGAGCGGAAGUGAUUCUACACUGAAUGUGCAAGACUUCCGCCAUGGAGACGACUUUUACAUCAAAUUGAUUCCUUCUCCAGUGCUUGAUAUUUUCAGCAGUUCAGCCAGCCCGGGAUUCAUGCAACGGUUUGACACUGAAUGGGAGAAUAUUGAUAGACUAUGA